AUGACCUUCGCCAUGUGCCUACGCUCUUGUACUUGGCGGAGGCUCGGUAACUUUCAGAUUGCCAAUAUUGUCAGUACAAGGAAUCGACAUGUAUCCGCUGGGCGGCUGUCUCAAUCGCCAUCAUCGGCUAUUGCCGCUACGGUGGCUUGUGGUCGACGGCAUGCCGUGGUACCAGUGUUGCCGUCCGAAGAUUCCGGGAAAUCUGGUUGGAGUGCUAGAGGUUCUUUUGACGACAACUACUACCGCAGCAUCGCAUUUAUGAGCAGUACUGUCUUCACGUUGUGCCGUUCUCGUGAUCAAUACAGGCCUGCAGACAGGCGUUAUGACGAAGUACGAUCGCCCUCUGAGAAUCGAGCAGCGUAUGACUCCCGUCCGGACGACGACGAAGACGGCGUAGAUAUUCCCAUCGAUUUCGGUGUUGGCAAUCGCUCCCGCACCGUUCGAGAUCGUCAUGCAUUCCAUGCCGGGAGAGGUGGCGAGGAUGGCUGGUGGGAUCGUUUGAAGCGCUACUUAUCGGGUGUGCGGCAACCGUUCGGAUCUGGCGGCGGCUUCUCGUGGUCGUCGAUGGGAUCGAUGCCGUGGCUGGCCAACGUGACGCCUACUUUGGUUGGCAACGCAAUCCUAGUAUGCUGCGGUGCCGUUUACGUACUGUGGUUUAUGAGCGACAGGCUCAGUAGUGCGCGGUUGUUUCGAUUCAUGAAUCGGAAUUUCGUGGCGUCGCAAAAUUCUCUGAAGCUACGCCGCUGCCACACGCUCCUAACAUGCGCGGUGAGCCACUCGACAUUGAUGCAUCUGCUGUUUAACUGCAUGAUGCUGCAUCAGUUAAUGAGCACUUUUGAACGCCAGAUGCAUCCCGCUGGACCCUUGCAGAUGGGUAUUCCUACUUUCGAACGUUUCCUCAGGACGGUGUCGUCAAGCCUGGAAAGUCUAUUCUGGCCGGACAGUCGCCCGACAAGUCGUCGCAACGGUGUGCAAACAUCCGAUAUUCUGAACGUGCUGUUGCUGUCCGCCGUCGGAUCGAGCCUGGGCCACGUAUGCCUGUACAGCAACCCCGUUUUGGGCGCUUCCGGCGCCGUAUCUGGUCUUCUAUACCUGUUGGCGUCUACGUUUCCGAACAGCUACUUCCGGACCGUCUUCCCGAUACCCGGAAUGCAGCUGAGCAUUCUGCAGGUGUGCCAGGUGUUCGUGGCGACGAACUUGUAUUUCGUCAUCUACGGCAGUGGUUUACGCAACAUUGCGUGGGCUGCACACCUCUUCGGUUUAGGUGCAGGCGCGGCAUACUGCUGGUUACAGCAGUAUGUGUUCAAGCGGCCAGGAUUCCACGAUCCGGUGUCGCUGUCGCUCAAAACCGCCAAGCGGCAGUGGGCACAGACGUUUAAAGGUAAGUUCUUUUUACGUAUUUUAACACACUUUCCAGGUAUCAGAGGCGGCUUUUAG